AUGGAGGGGCUGAGGGCGGCGGUCGGGGAGAUUAAUGCCGCGCCGCAGGUCCCUCCAGCCCCACCUAUUGUUGUGAUAAUCAGUGGACAGAGUGGCGUGGGGAAGGACUCUGUAAUAAGAGAAGUGCAGAAAAGGAGGCCCAACCUGCACUUUGUUGUGACAGCAGCUUCAAGGGCCCCAAGGCCCGGGGAGGUGCACGGUGUCGAUUACCUGUUCGUGUCCAAGGAUGAAUUCGAGGAGUGGAUACGGGAGGGCCGGAUGCUGGAGCACGCUGUGGUGUAUGGCGAGUACAAGGGCGUGCCGAGGCAGCAGGUGGACGAUGCACUGGCCAAGGGGACGGACGUCGUGCUGCGGCUGGACGUCCAGGGGGCUGCAACUGUGCGAAGGGUGCUGCCAGAGGCGAUAUCGAUCUUCCUAGUUGCCAGCAGCGAGGAGGAGCUUGUGAAUCGCCUCGUCUCCCGAGACACAGAAUCAGCGGACAAAUUGCUGCUACGAGUGGAGACCGCACGGAAGGAAGCCGAGAGAAUAAAGGAGUUCGACUACGUUGUUGUGAACCGGGAAGGCCAGAUGGAGGAGGCCGUGGCCGCCAUUUGCGGCAUCAUCGACGCGGAGAAAUGCAAGACGAGCAGAAGGCUGAGGGGCCAGACGUGA